AAUCGUUGUAGCACUUUCCGGGUUAAGAGGAACCAGACUAUCUACUGGCAAGAGGGACUGCUGGUUACCUUUGAAGGUGGCUACCUCAGUGUCGAAUCCUCAGAUGUGAACUGGAAGAAGAAGAAGAGCGGUGGCAUAAAGAUUAUUUGUCAGUCUGAAGUUAGAGAUUUCUCUGCAAUGGCUUUUAUCACUGAUCAUGUCAACUCGCUGAUUGAUCAAUGGUUUCCAGCUUUGACAGCCACAGAGAGCGAUGGCACACUCUUGAUGGAGCAGUAUGUUCCUUGCAACUCCUGUGCAGCUCUGCCACAUGACCAGGAGGGGGCGCUGAAUGAGAAGGAACCUCACUAUUUUAACAUGGAAGAUUGUGUCCUGGCAGCUGUGGAUAAGGAUUACUUGGAGUGUCCGAAUCAUCCUGAAGAACCUGUGUCCCUGCAGGAGAUGGUCCCUGAAAUUUUUAUGACGGAUUUCCCUUCCAGGUUAUUUCUUGACAUCAACGACUUGGAAUAUUCAGAAGAAAACACUAACAUUUUAGGCCAAGGUGGAAGUGGAACGAUCAUUUACCGGGCUGCCUACAAGCAGAAGCCAGUAGCCUUGAAGAUGUUUCAAAUUAAGAAGUAUCGCACCUCUGCAGAGAUCACCAAAGAUACAAUGUUCAAGCAUAUCCAGGCCAUAGACGCCAUGAGAAACUUCUCCGAUUUCCGGCAAGAAGCCAGCAUGCUCCACUCUCUACAGCACCCCUGCAUCGUCUCCCUGAUCGGGAUCAGCAUCCAUCCGCUCUGCUUCGCCCUGGAGCUGGCUCCUCUGGGCAGCCUCAACACUGUGAUAGCAGAGAGAGACACCAAGGGACAUCCUCGUUCAUGCCUCUGGGUCACAUGCUCACACAACACAAGUCUCCUAUCAAAUUGCAUCUGGUCUGUCAUACUUACACAAGAAAAAUGUCAUAUUCUGUGACUUGAAGUCUGAUAAUAUUCUGGUCUGGUCUCUGGAUGUCCGGGAGACUGUGAACAUCAAGCUGUCAGACUACGGCAUUUCCCGACUGUCCUUCCAUGAAGGGGCGCUAGGUGUGGAGGGCACCCCGGGUUACCAGGCACCUGAAAUAAGACCUCGAGUUGUAUACGAUGAAAAGGUAGACAUGUUCUCCUACGGCAUGGUCCUGUAUGAACUGUUGUCUGGUCAGCGGCCGUCUUUAGGUCAACAUCAACUCCAGAUCUCUAAGAAGCUGUCAAAAGGGAUCCGGCCUGUGUUGGGGCGCCCAGAAGAGGUUCAGUUCUACAGACUGCAAGAGUUGAUGAUGGAGUGCUGGGACACGAAGCCAGAAAAACGCCCUCUGGCUGCGUCUGUGUUGCGGCGUAUGAAUGACCCGAGUUUCUCGGUCUUCAAGUAUCAUAUCCUAUGCGGAAUGCAGGAGACAUUCUGUUCGUCCAGGGAAGUGGAC